ACUAAUUUGACUAGAAAGUAAAUGGUGAUUUUUUUAUAGCAAAAUUAAUAAUAUAUAGAAUAAAAUUUAUUUUUUCAAAUAAACAUCAGAAAGUAAGCUAAAAAUUUUAAAUAUCAAUAAAGUUUAACAUGAAAUUGAUUACUUUAUCACAAAAAAUUAAGAGAAGUAAUACUUUAUAAAAUUAACUAGUUUUUUUACUUCAGAAAAACUUCAUCAUGAGCAAUAAGAGACAUAAUAAAAGCCAAAAGGAAUUAGUUGAGGAACUAAUUUAAAGAGGUACCAUUAAAACAUAAGAAGUAGAAUUAGCUAUGCUUUCAGUCGAUAGAUCUGAUUUUAUAAAUAAAGAUCCAUAUUUAGACAUUCCUCAAUAAAUUGGAUAUAAUGUCACUAUCUCUGCUCCUCAUAUGCACGCUUUUAGUUUGUCAUAUUUAUAAAGACAUCUGAUUUCUGGUAAACCUGUUAGAGUCUUGGAUAUUGGCUGUGGAACAGGAUAUCUUUGUCCUGCAUUUCUUAAGAUGAUACCUGUUUAAUUUUAAUAAUAGAGUACUAUUGUAGGGAUAGACCAUGUUAAAGACUUGGUCCAGCUUUCAGAUCGUAAUAUUAGAAAGUCCUUUAGCUAAGAAUUAGAUAAAAAAUAAAUUAUUUUAGUAACUGGAGAUGGUAGGGAAGGUUAUUAGCAGCUUGCUCCAUAUGAUGCUAUCCAUGUUGGAGCUGCAGCAGAAAAAAUACCAGAGGCUUUGCUUCAGUAAUUAAAUUUCGGAGGAAGAAUGCUGAUACCAGUAGGUAAACAUGGUGGUGAAUAAGAGUUUUUAGCUAUUGAUAAAGAUUUAUAAGGUAAAAUAACAUAGACUAGAUUAUUUGGAGUAUCGUACGUACCAUUAACGAGCAUAUAAAAGUAGCUUGGAACGUAGAAAUGAAAAAUAAAUAUUAUCAAAAAAAUUUUGGAAAACUGAAUUUUUAUUUUAAAAAAAUCUAAUAUUAAAAAUUAUUUUAUACUUUAAUUUAAAUUCUAUAAAAAUUAUAUUUUUAAAAAAUAAUGUAAUCACAUAUUAUAAGAAAAUGUUUCAAAGUGCUUUUUUGUUUAUUUUAUUACUGUAAAUUAAAGCUACUGUCAUUAAAUUCAUAAGAU